CGGCUUCUUAAGUAUAGAAUUUCGCGUGUUCAAAAAUCGCAAAAACUUAAUCAACAAUUAGAUAAUUGUAGAUAAACAAAUAAUAAACAUCUUCAAAGGCCAAUAAACUAUGCACAUUGCAAGUGACACAUAUCAGGAUGUUUACAUUUGAGAAUCUCUCAAAAAAGAAAGAAAACAGAAAAGCAUGUUGAUUAAACUAUAAAUAACUCUGCAAAAAGUUAAAAAUAUAUUUGUUGGGGAAGUGUUAUUCUGAUCAUAAAUCUUAUUAAAUAACUGUUUCAUUUCUCUGCGUAAGAUUUUCCAGACGAAACUUUAUUUUAUUUGACUUUUCCGCAUUAUAAUAUUAAAUAAAAGAUUACGUGAACUGUCGGCAAGGUGCAAAAAGAAAAUGAAAAUCGAAUGAGGAGGAAUUAAAAAUAGCUGUCGGAUAAGAAUACACAUGCAAAAUAAAACGAGGAUCUUCCUAAGCGUGUUUUACGUGAUAGCCACGACAGAUAAAUUUGUUUUUCAAUUGAUUUGAUGCAUCGGCAAUGAACAGAAUUUUAGUUAUCGAUUGUUGAUUGAACGAUUGAGAUCAGUUGAGUUUAGUUGAGUGGUUUUGAAAGUGAAAUAAAUAAAAAUUGUGUAACAAUGAGCAAGCAACAACCGUUAGCAAAAGGAUCAUUGAUCCUUCAAGAAAAACCUUUCGCGUAUAUUGUGAAAUCGAAAUUUAUUAAAGAACGUUGUGAUUUUUGCUUGAGCAGUGGAAAGCUCCUGAAAUGUGGUGGUUGCCAGUUUUCUCAUUAUUGCGGAGUGUUAUGUCAGCGAGACGCAUGGGCCGAACAUAAAUACGAAUGUUUGUGCAUGAAAAAGAUUGCACCACGCAAGAUCCCAGAUGCUGCACGUAUGAUGGCGAAAAUCAUCUGGAAGUUGCAAUAUGGUGGUUAUUUACAAAAGUUCUACUACUCGCGUAACGGAUUUAGAAAGUUCAAUGAUUUGAUGCCUCAUUUGGAUGACAUCAAAUGGGAUGAGAAAAGAAUGGAACAUUUGCAAUCAUUGCACGAAGUUUUGAAAGUAUAUCUCGCACCUGAGCAUUUCCCAAAUCAAACGGAAUUCCUUGGGAUUUAUGGACGUUUGUGUAUCAACAGUUUCAAUAUUCUUGAUGAUGAUUUGAACUCGGUUGGAACAGGAAUUUAUUUAGCGGCUUCGAUUCUCGAUCACAGUUGUAAACCAAAUGCAGUGGCAACUUUUGAAGGUUCACAACUUUCAAUUCGUUUGAUUGAAGAUAUUCCCGAACUUAAUUGGCAAAAGAUCAGAAUUUCUUACAUCGAUCAAAUGGAUCUUCCAGAAAUACGUCGAGCUGAGCUCAAAAAAGCUUAUUACUUUGAUUGCGAUUGUGAAAGGUGCACCGAUGAAUCCAUCACACCGAAAAUGCUUGCAAUGGCUUGUCCCAAAGAGAGGUGCGAUUGUGUUCUCUCACCAAGCGACUUUAAUUGCAAAAGAUGCAAAAUUGAAAUCACAGAAGAGCAUCGAACGAAAUAUGAAGAUGUUACUGAAAUGACAAAGCACCUAAUUGAUGAAAUGCAAAGUGUGAGAUAUCUCGAUGUAUGUCGAACUCUCGAUAAACAACAAACUAAUGUUUUACAUGAAAACAACAUUUGGCGAUUAAAGUCAUUGGAUUUGGCUUUUGACGCGGCGAUUGAUCUUGAAUCUUGGGCCGAAGCUGUUGAAUUUGGCAAGAAUUUCAUCAAAGGAUUGAAAGUUUACACAUCAGACUACAAUCCUCUUGUUGGUAUUGCUCAACUCAAAUUAGGAAAGAUCUAUCCUCAUCUUAAUGAAUUCCAAAACGCUAUUCAACAUAUAAAGGAAGCAGCAAAUGUUUUAAAAAUCACACAUGGCGAUCAAUCGAGAGUCAUGCGUGACUAUGUUCGUCCACUUUUAGCAGAUGCCCAACACUUGUUAGAAGAAAGUCAAAAAAUUAAAUCUCGGCAAGCUGAAGAAGAAGAGGAAGAAGAAGCUUAAUUUCAAUGCAAAAAUAGAUCGAAAAGCAUUCAAUUCACUUCAUUUGUUUUUCUUCUUUCCUGGUUAUUGACAUAUUGUUGUAAACCUUGUUUUAAAAAUAGUUAUUAGAUGAACAAAAAAGCAAAUCGUUGAUUAGUUGUUACGUGUGAUAAAAUUGUGUCCGAGACAUGAGUCUGAUUUCGAUUCAGUAGCCAAAAUUGAAUAAAUUUGUUGAAUUGCUGUUUCUUAAAAAAUAA